ACAACAUAUAACAAAGAGAGCUCCAUCAAGAAACGGAAGUGAAAACAAACUAUCUAGCAAAACAUGGUGGGUCAGUGGACGGUGGCGAAGCCAAGCCGGAGCGACGACGUUUUGGAUGCCGACGAACAGCUCAGGAUCGCCACCCAGAUCAAAGCUCAGUUCGACUCUGCAGCGCCAAAGAGACCCAUGAAGCCGAAUCGAAGCGAACCCGAUUCACCAGCUCCAGCUCUCUCCAUCGUUGACCCAACCAACAUUCCUGAGCUUCACAAGCUUCGUACUCUUCAGUCUCAAUCGCAUGUCAGAAUCUCAGAUGAGGGAGCUAGCAUCGUGGUACAAGAUGAGUUUGUGGAUACCCAAUAUUACAAGGAACUGAAUUCCAUUGACAAACAGCAUCACAUGACUGGGACUGGGUUUAUAAGGGUGGAGAGGGAAGAAGAGGGAAAUGAAGAUGGCUAUGAUAUUCAGUUGAAUGGAAUUCAUGGUGGUUCAAAUGGUAUGGUGCGGGCUGGUUUCAGAAGCAACCCUGCAACAAAUGAAUGGAUUCCUAAGACUGAUGAAGAUCUGGUCUUCAUUUCCUCAAAGCCAAAUCGAAGUGAGAACUGAGAGCUGUUUUUAGAUCUGGACAGAUCUCGUGUUGUAUCAAUGUACUUUUCUAUAGUUCAUAUUCAUAUGUCAUAGCUCAUUGGCAAAAAGGACCAGAUAAGUAUGGAUUUGAGGGAAGCUUUCACAUUUUACUCGUAAAAAAUUUGUCUUUGAAGAUGAGCACCAAAUUCUUU